AUGAACCGUGGAAUACGCAGCAGUCGGCUGAUUUCCUACGAUGACACCCCUCGAAGUCCACCGAUGGCAAUAACGGCACGAAAUCGACAUACAGAUGGAUCUUCUUCAAGGAACUCGUCCGAUUUUAGCAAAAGAGAGAACAUAUCCAAAAACAUCGAACAACUGCUGAUCUGUGAACUGUGUGAGCUUAGACUGAACGUUCCGAAGAUGCUCAACUGCCAGCAUACGUUCUGUCUGGAAUGCCUGGAAGAGUGCCUCCAAAAGCAAACGGACAAGUCUUACAUCGCGUGCAUAACUUGCGGAACAAAGCAACUCCUCAAGGAUCCGGAUCUAACGUGCCUUCCGUCGAACCUGCACAUCGAUAACAUGCUGCUGAUGAUGCAUCCAACGCCAUCAGCAGCAUCAUCGGUCCCGUGUUCGCCCAACAUCGGCAGCUAUCACCUGGAGAAUAAUUUGGCCCCAACUCUGCAGUGCUCCAAGUGUCAAACCGUUUCCGAAACGCCGAUGCACAAAUGCGACCACUGCAUGUCGAUGCUCUGCGCGAUCUGCUGGCUGGCCCACGUGGACGAGCUCUCCCGGCAGGUUGGUCAGCUGGAGGACCAGCUAAAGUCGGCCAAUGAAAAAAUGGACCAUAAAAUGAUUGAAUAUAAGAGCCGCUUCACCGAGAUCAAUGACGAGAUAAAGGCAUGCUUUCUCGACAAAAUGCACUGCCUUCAGCGACAACAAGCGGAGCUAUUAGACUCCUCGCAAGGAAUACUAAAUGAUGCGCUCUGUUCGCACGAACUGGUGAGGGAGAAAAUCAACCAAAUGCGGACGUUGAUUGAACGUCCGAUUGUGGGCUCGCUGGAUCCGGUCCAACUGUACUUGAAACUGCACAAAGACACGUCGAUCAUCCUGGAGGAGGUGGCUCUGUGGGGCCGGGAGCGUAUCCUGUUUAACCGGGAAAAGCUAAAGGUUGAAACUGUCUUCGAAAAACGAGCUACAUCAGUGGUCAAACGUAGUGCGAGUACUCAACACUUCCAGAAGCAUCAGCUACAUCCAAAUUCAUCCGAAACGUCGCUAGUACAAUUUUACAAAAGUCACAUCUACAAACCUAGGCUGCUCUGGAAUCAUUGCCAGCGUCCGACAGGCGUCGGGUUCGCACCCUGGAACCAUGAUAAGCUGGAAAAACCGCUCCUUUAUGUUGCUGGAUCUGAGUGUCGCAUCGUUUUUGGUAUCGAUAAAACGAACGGUGAGAUAGUACAGAAAAUAGCUCACGAGGAGCUUAGCUACCCGCAAGGAAUUACGUUUGAUCCUGAACGAAAGGAGCUGUUUGUAACAGACAAAUGGAAGCACUGCAUUUUUGUCUUCUCUCAGGAAGGAAAGUUAUUGCGCAAGCUUUGCUCCAGAGGCGAUCAAGCCGGUCAGCUGCGAUCUCCAGAAGGAAUAGCAUUCUCGUCGGAUGAUUGUAUUUUCGUGUGCGAUACUGGUAACGAUAGAAUACAGUGCAUUAGUGCAAGCGAUGGGAAGGUGCACUCCCAAUUCGGACGCUUGACAAAGGAUCAGCUGAUUAAGGCGUCUCAAGCGAAAGUUUUGGCGCGUAUCGUCGACCUCAAGAAUCCCACCGACAUCGCAGUCCAGAAGGACUCGUGCGUAUUAGUGCUGGAUGCUGGCAAUCGGAGGGUGAAGAUUUUCAACAAACACGGCGAGCAGCUGCUAGAAUUUGGCCAAACCGGUACGAUUAACGGACAAUUCCAGUACCCGGAGGUUAUUGGUGUGGAUCCGGCCGGAUUCAUUCUCGUGGGCGAUGGGGGAAAUGCGAAGAUUCUCGUCUACCGUCCCAAUGGGCAGUUUGUGACGGCACUUGGUUCAAGAGGUGAUUCGGCCGGUAAGUUCAACUGGAUUUCAGGCAUUUGCGUAAGCAAGGACUGGGAGAUUGUCAUCAGCGACUACAAAAACCACGCGGUACAACUUAUCUUCUAG